AUGGCUGGCAGGUCCCUGCGGGCGGCCCGGUAUCACCUUAGCCCGCUGCUCUCGUUGGGCGCUCAGCGGCCCAGCAGAGAUUGCCUGUGUCUCUUCAGCACUGCGGCCCAGCAGAGGAGUACGGGAGAUGAGUGUGGACCAGAGGAUCCCCGCGAUGAGCCGAGACAUCCCCUUUCUGAGCGAACUGUAGAGCUCAAAGCCAGCAAACUGGAAGAACAAGUCCAUGAUUUAACUGAGCGAUACCGGAAAGCCUUGGCGGAUUCGGAAAAUGUCCGGAGGAGAACACAGAAGUUUGUGGAAGAUGCCAAGCUGUUUGGGAUCCAGAGUUUCUGCAAGGACCUGGUGGAGGUAGCUGAUAUCUUGGAGAAGACUACUGAGAGCGCUGCAAGAGAAGCAGAGCCUACUGACCCAAAACCAACCCUCAAGAAGAUCUAUGAAGGCCUCUCCCUCAUAGAGGCCAAGUUGCAAAGUGUAUUUGCCAAGCAUGGCCUUCAGAAGAUGAACCCCGUCGGUGGCAAAUAUGAUCCAUACGACCAUGAAAUAGUGUGCCAUGUGCCAGCAGAGGGAAUGCAGCCAGGCACAGUGGCACUAGUGACUCAGGAUGGCUAUAAACUCCACGGCCGCACUAUCAGACACGCACAUGUUGGUGUGGCAGUAGAGUCGCAGGAGUGAUGUGGUGGGUGCACCCAUUGCGAUCUGGGACCUUAAUGAGCUGAGGACUCGGUCACACAGUGGCGAUAGCAGCUGCAUGUCUUUUCUUUAUUUAUUAAGCUAGGUUUGUAUUGUACAUUGGCUUCUUCACAACAUGUGCAGUAAUCUUGGCUUUAAUUCCAAGAGGCUCAAUUAUUUAAUGUUACUUUUUCUGUGUGUGUAAUACUGGGAAUCCUGCUAUUUAAGCAUGUGGCACUGCUAGCCCCCUUCUCUGUUGGAUU